AUGACCAAAGGCCACAGUGGCUACUAUGGCUGUCCCAACUGCUGCAUUGAGGGUGCAUACAUUGGAGGCAAGGUUGUGUUCCCCGAUUCAGACUGUCCCCUCCGCACAGAUGCUAGCUUCAGGCAGCAGCACGACUCCAAGCAUCACAGAGGAACGUCAAUUCUUGUUGAGUUGCCUCUUGACACUAUGAGCUAUGCUAUUGUGGAGUUUACUGCCUCUAAAGAGGUUGAAAUUGUGCCAACUACUUGGGUCACCGGGAGCAUGUGCGUCUGGCCACAUAAUGUAAAAGUGGAGAAGGCUGGGAAAAUGGCACGGAAGCAGCAUCUACCACAGUCAUGGUGGAAGCUGUAUGAAAUUGCUGUGAAAGGUUUGUUUGUUACCUAUGAACAUGCCCGGAAAAAGCUAAAUGACAGUCAGUUCCAUUCAGACCUGGCCAGGGAAACUCAAAUGCCCCCAUUGAAGAGGCGUAGACGGCCACCAGCAGCCUGGAGCAACUCUGACAGUGAAGAGAAGGAGGAAGAAACUGCCACAAGCCAGCCAGGACUGCCAGCCAUUCUAAAUAAUUCUCCAUCUGGAAUAACCUCGAAUGAAGCAACAAGUCUGCCCACAUUUGGCCAGGGAGACAAAGGCACACCAGAGACCCAGUUGUCAGAGACAAACUCGCCACAAGGCAUGUCUGAUAACCACUCUGUUGAUGCAGGUAUGUGCCAGAUAAGCGAGGUCAAAGUUAAGUAA